AUGGCCGAGUCACGGCCCACAAAUCCACCACCUUCUACCAUUCCUAAUCUCAAGGACAGACUGCCCAAGCUGGAACCAAGGCGGCGACGAGCUCCGCCUUCGAAUCCCACUGCUAUCCCAGAGACACCAAAACUGCCGUCACCGCCAGAGCUAGCCUCGAUAUCCCACCAGGUUCCUUCUAGAAGGAUACUUUCAGUGAAGGACCAUGAGCUGUUCUUGGAGUCCGACGCAUAUAAGCUCAUUUUGGCCUUCAUCUUUGGACUGUCCGAUGCGGUCAAGGAUACUCCCAUUUCAUCAGUCAAGGAUGUGGAUCUGAGUGCUUCCGUCAAAGCCAUUCUUUCUAUUCUGGACGACGCCGAGACCCUGGUUGCAGCCACACCACCUGAUGAUUCAGGAGGCUCGCGAUUUGGAAACAAGCUCUUCCGCUCCUUCUUGGACAAGACGAAAUCUGCCAGUGCUUCGUGGCAUCAGAAACUAGGGCUCUCAUCCCCGGAAGCGAUCGCCGAAGUUGAGACAUAUCUACUCCAGUCUUUCGGCAAUCGCACUCGCAUAGAUUAUGGAUCUGGCCAUGAACUCAACUUUGUGAUAUGGCUCCUGUGUCUAUAUCAGCUACAGAUCAUCAAGGCAUCCGACUUUCAGGCUCUUGUCCUCCGGGUGUUUGUGCGGUAUCUGGGGUUGAUGCGAUCGAUCCAGUCAACCUACUAUCUUGAGCCGGCUGGCUCCCAUGGAGUUUGGGGACUCGACGACUAUCAAUUCCUGCCAUUCUUAUUCGGUGCCAGUCAACUACUGCAUCACCCGUUCAUCACGCCACUUGCUAUACAUCAGGAAUUGACGCUCGAGGAAUUUGGGGACGAGUUCAUGUAUCUGGGCCAAGUCAGUUUUGUCAACUCUACAAAGACUGUCAAGGGCCUACGGUGGCACAGUCCGAUGCUGGACGACAUUUCGUCGGCCAAGAAUUGGGAAAAGGUGGAAGGCGGCAUGCGGAAGAUGUUUGUCGCUGAAGUCCUUCGGAAGCUGCCCGUCAUGCAACACUUUCUCUUUGGUUCUUUGAUCCCCGCAGUUGAGGGCAUGAGUACGGAAGACGAGGCUGGCGUGUCACGAGAAGAAGAUGAAGCGGAAGGUGGAGCAAUCAUGGUUGAGCACAAUGGCGUCAAACAUGUCCAUCAACUGAACUCGUGGGGUGAUUGUUGUGGUAUCAAGGUGCCCAGCAGUCUCGCUGCGGCACAAGAAAUGAAGAAGCGAAACGGAGGGGAGUCACUCCGCAGGAUACCAUUUGACUGA